AUGUAUAUAGUGAGUGGUCAAGACAUUACCGAUACUUACCAUGAUGGCAAAAUAAUAGGAGGAAUGAGCACAGAUGUAUCAAUCUACCCCUACCAACUUUCUCUACAAUAUUUUGGACUCCAUUCUUGUGGAGCAUCUUUAAUAUCUCCAACGUGGGUUUUAACAGCUGCUCAUUGCAUUAAAGGAACAUAUACUCCGCUACUUUCAGUUCGAGCAGGAGCUACAUCUAAAGAAGAUGGAGGGAUAAUUGUGACCGUUAAAAAUAAAUACGUGCACCCAAAUUUUAAAACGUCCACUAUAGAUUACGAUAUAGGAUUACUAGAGCUAUCAGAAUCAAUGGAUCCGGAUUACGCUGAAACAAUACCUUUGCCGCCAGAGGGAGUAACUAUCAAAGAAGGAGACAUGGGCACAGUAACAGGUUGGGGUUCUACUACAGAAGAUGGAGCUAUGGUUUCUCAGCUCAGAGUUACUGAGAUUCCCGUAUUAAAUCAGAAUCAUUGUAAGAGAGUAAUAGGAAAAACAUUAACUAACAGAAUGUUUUGCGCUGGAUACGUUCGAGGUGGUAAAGAUGCCUGUCAAGGCGAUUCAGGUGGUCCAUUUAUUGUUGAUGGAAUGCAGAUGGGAAUAGUGUCUUGGGGUUAUGGAUGUGGAAAACCUCAGAAGCCUGGAGUAUAUACUAAUAUACCAGUAGUUAGGAACUACAUUAAAUCUAUAGCUGGCAUUUAG